CGUGGAUAGACGACGAGGCAUGAGGGGCCUGACAACAAAGAAUGCUGGGUAAAUGCAUGCAUACUCAGUUACUUCCCCUGGUGGUGUUCUCAUCGGUGUUGGUGACAGUAGGGGGCGCCGCUGACUGGGGGGAUCUGAGACUCCCCCCGGAACAUGUGCCCUACUUCUUCAGGAAUAAUCCUCACAUCAAACAACGCUGCCAGGAUGAUGAUGCUUGUCCUUAUAAGGCUGCAACACAGUCAAAGCGUUGCUGGGGUUAUGAGAAGUCAUGUCCGGAGAACCAGAGGAUGAGCACCCCUCGUUGCAGCAGCAAGGAGAGGCGGGUGAGCAGGGAGGAGAGUAACCUGGAGAUAUUCUGGAAGCAGGCUGAUUUCGGGUUGGUGAAGGAGAGGAAGGCGGAGUACAAGUACUACUGCAAGCCUGCUCACCAAGAUGACUCCUCGCUGCGCUGCGUGGACCACACACGGUACUGCCACGCCACCAACCUCUACCUGGACUUCCGCGGCGCCGACAUGAAGCAGAGCAACAACAGAUACCGUGAGGAUCUCCUGGACAAUGGGAAGAUUGGAGGUCACUGUCAACUGGACAAAGCCUCGCUGGCCAGACAGGGUGACCACAAGAGCCCACUGCAGUCUUGGUAUGCAGAAGUUGAACACUUCACAUCGUUAGAGUCCCCACCUCUGACCUCUGGUGUUUGUGACAUCAUCAUUGAGAAGCCAACCUACCUCAUCAAGCUUGAUGCUGGUGUGAACAUGUUCCACCAUUUCUGCGACUAUGUCAACCUUUACCUCAGCCAACACUUCAACAACUCCUUCUCCACCGACGUCAACAUCGUCAUGUGGGACACGAGCGGCUUCCAUUAUGGGGACUUCUUCAGUGCCACCUGGAAAGUAUUUUCAGAUCAUCCAAUUAUUCCCCUGCAGCAGUAUGAUGGCAAAAGGGUAUGUUUCAAGGAAGCGGUAUUCUCCUUUCUGGCUCGGACAAGGCUGGGGUUGUAUUACAAUAUGCCACUGGUUAAUGGCUGCGAAGGCAGUGGACUGAUCCGAGCGUUCUCACAACACACGAUCCACAGACUGGACAUUCCUCAGGAGGGCCCACUGAGGAACAAGGUACGAGUGACUGUGCUGGCACGGAACACAAAGUACCGGAACAUCUUGAACCAAGACGAGCUGGUUUCUGCUCUCAAAACAGUUGGAGAAUUUGAAGUGAAGCUGGUUGUGUUUAACAAGGACAUGCCAUUUUUAGACCAACUCAAGAUCUCCCAUAACAGUGACAUCUUCAUCGGCAUGCACGGCGCUGGCCUCACGCACCUGCUGUUUCAACCUGACUGGGCCGUGGUUUUUGAGAUCUACAACUGCGAGGACCCCCGCUGCUACUACGACCUAGCCCGCCUCCGCGGGAUCAGCUACAUCACCUGGGAGAGACAAGACAAGCUGGACCAGGAGGAUGAGGGCCACCAUCCAACUCUAGGAGCGCACGCUAAAUUCACGAACUAUGGUUUUGACGUCAAUGAGUUUCUACGUCUAGUAUUUCAAGGAGCACAGCAUGUGAAGUCGCACCCUACCUACAUCACAGCACACAAAGAAAAACAUGGCAGAAAUCCCAAGUCCAAAGAUGAGUUGUAGCUUGAUUGGAAUGAAGAUCUUGGAGGCAUAAUAACGGAAACAUGAAAAUAUUUUUAUAAAAUGCGUUGGGUGUUUUGUCAAUAUUUUUAGAAAAAAAAUGAAUUGUGAAUGAUUGGUUAUUUCAAAUUGAAUGUUUGUACUUUUAAUUAUUAUCAUUAUCAUUACUAUUGUUUACAUCAGUAUUUCCGAGUUACAGAAAAGCCAUUGUCAAACUUCAUUAUCUGGCAUCGGCCCUAGUUCUAAAAGUAAAAAUAUCUUAAAUUUGGAAGAAUUUUCUUUUGAUAUCAAUUAUAAGGUCCAAAGACUUAAGUAGAUACAUUUGUCUGAUGCAUGCCCUUAUAUGGAAAUGUGCCAUGUGAUAUGGUAUAAGUGAGAAGCACGUUAUAUUGAUUAUUUGCUGAAGCUGUAAACAAAAGCAAUUGAAGAAUUUUCUUUUUUCAAAUAUUUCUCCAUUUAGCAUGUGUUUUGGGGAAUUUCCACUGUAGUAAUUCAUUUUUGUUAUUCAAUUUAUGGUUUUUAUGCACCAAAAUAUAGGCAUGACAUCUUUUAUCAAAAUCAGUUUAAGAACUCCGCUGACACUGAAAGUAUGAUGAGUCAGGAAAAUAUAUAUAACCAACCACAACAUGCACAAGGUGUUCAUAUCAUUUAAGGCAGUGUGGAGGGCACUCUUUAAUGAUAUAACUGGAAUACUGUUCAAAGUGGCGUUAAACCCAACUCACUCACUCACUCUAAAAGCAGCGUAAAACUCCGCUCUCUCACUGUCUUUCACUCACUCACUCACUCACUCACUCACUCACUCACUUUGUUCAUGACUUUUUCAUGUAUUGAUUAUGUAGAUUUGAGUGGCACAACUAUCACUAUGGGAGAAAGGUCUGAACUUUUCAGUUGUUGAUUUUAUUGUUAUACAUGCAUACUCAUGGAAGAAAAUAAAGGAACACUUAACUUAAAGGUUACUGCCGUGACUAAAGUACUCACGGAAAUGAAAAAAAACUGUUUUUCUCAAUUUAAAAAUCGACACAAAGUGUUACGUAGCUGUAAAUACGAAAUAACAAAACAACUCGAAAAGUACUAGUC